AUGCAAAUGACCACAGCUCCAACCACCGCGAACACCCCAUCUCCCAAUCGAACAAUCGUCGAGUACGAGCUCCUCAUAUCCAGCAGGACCCUCCGCGCAUGGUAUCAAAUUACGUACGGUUUUGGCGAGUGGUAUGUACAUUUGCGUAGCAACGGCGACUACGAGUUCUAUAGUGCGGAGGAGCUUUGGGGCUGGGAGCACCUAGAUUCUCACAGGGUAUGCGUAUGUGUAUAUGGGGCGGUCGUGGUGCAGGGGGCGCGGCGCAGAGAAUGUUGA